AUGAGGUCCUCGGCUGUGGCUGGGAAACAGCGGUUGUUAUAUCGCGAAACAAAAUCUAUAAAUAAAUCAAUAGAUUCAGUGCAGUCCCUACUCACAACUCUCUGGUUCCUUCCUCGCUGUUCAGGAAUCCUGGAGUUCUUCCACCACCAGCUAAAGGACAUCAUCGAGUAUGCUGAGCUCAAGACGGAUGUCUUCCAGAGCCUGAGGGAAGUGGGGAACGCCAUCCUCUUCUGCCUGCUCAUCGAACAAGCUCUGUCCCAGGAGGAGGUGUGUGAUCUGCUCCACGCUGCCCCCUUCCAGAACAUUCUGCCCAGGGUCUAUAUCAAAGAGGGCGAGCGCCUGGAAGUGAGGAUGAAGAGGUUGGAAGCCAAGUACGCUCCUCUUCAUCUUGUUCCUCUAAUUGAGAGGUUGGGAACCCCACAGCAAAUUGCCAUUGCUCGCGAGGGUGACCUGCUGACCAAAGAGCGCCUGUGCUGCGGCCUGUCCAUGUUCGAGGUCAUCCUGACGCGCAUCCGCAGCUUCCUGCAAGACGCCGUGUGGCGUGGCCCGCCGCCCACCAACGGGGUGAUGCACGUGGACGAGUGCAUGGAGUUCCACCGCCUGUGGAGCGCCAUGCAGUUCGUCUACUGCAUCCCCGUGGGCACGCACGAGUUCACGGCAGAGCAGUGCUUCGGGGACGGGCUGAACUGGGCCGGAUGCUCCAUCAUCGUGCUGCUGGGACAGCAGCGUCGCUUCGACCUCUUUGACUUCUGCUACCACCUGCUUAAGGUGCAGAGGCAGGACGGCAAGGACGAGAUCAUCAAAAACGUGCCGCUGAAGAAGAUGGCGGACCGCAUCAGGAAGUACCAGAUCCUCAACAAUGAGAUCUUCGCCAUCCUCAACAAGUACAUGAAGGCUGUGGAGACAGACAGCUCCACCGUCGAACACGUCCGCUGCUUUCAGCCGCCUAUACACCAGUCUCUGGCCACGACCUGCUGAAAG